AUGCUCCUGGCUGUGGUCCUUGCCUCUGCCCUGUUCCUCUGCUCUUCAGCCAGCCAGGGGUGUCUCACCUAUACAGGAAUCAAGAACAUUGUGUACCUCAUCGACAACCUGCAGAAAGACACAUCUUCAAACUGCAGCUGCAGCACCGAUGCGGCUGAUUGUUUGUGUCUGCCCAUUUCCUCUGGCAACUGCUCCACAGCAUGCUUCCAAGAGGGCCUGUCACAGCUGAGCAACUCCACAGUGAGCACGAGAUUCCGCCUGACUGUCAACCAGGUGAAGAGAAUAGUCAUAACCCUCAAGAGCAACAAGUGUGGAUCUUUUGCCUGUGAACAGCCGUGCAACCAAACCACAACAGGCAACAUGCUGACAUUUCUGAAGACUCUGCUGGAAAGUUUCCAGAAUGAAAAUAUGAGAGGCAAAGUGUGA